AUGACUGGAUCUUGCCAUGAAUGUUACGAGCAUCAGAGGAACAGCACUCGCCGAAACUACGGCAACUUUGUCACACAGCCAACUUAUGAUGGAAGCUCUCAGGGAGCGGGACAGACGCAGGCGUCUGAUUACUCGUGUGGAGGUUUGAACGAACGUCCGGUGAGAACCCCUGACAGAACUUACCAACCUGAUGGCUAUCAAGUGGAGGCUCAGAUGAGCUAUCCUUCUCCGCAACAGGGAGAAACCCAAUCUUCGCAGAUUCCUUCCUACGGGUACGCCAGACAACUUCAUCGUGCUCGCUUUGUUGCCCGGCCUUCCAGAUUGCAGGUAAGUCAUGGAAGAGAUGGAAUUGAACUGACAAAUCUCCAGGCUCCUUCUGAUCGUCAAAAUGACAACAGAAGUGUCAACAACUUUUCGGAUCCUAGCCCCUACGAGUUGGAGGUUUCUCUCAGCAACAAGGAAAGCUUCCGCGUGAACAGCAGAAAUCUGACGGCAACACCAAACGUUCCCAUCAACAACAGUGACAAUGCUCCUUCAGUGGGCGAGCAUCAAGAGGGUACUCGGGACAACACUGGCAACAAUCGUUCGGAACGUCCUCACCGCCAGUCCCGUCGCGGAAACAUGGAAAUAAUGGAUCGUCUUCCUCGCCCUGCGCCAGGCCCUAGAGAUGGCGAGCGUCCUCCAGUCAAUGACAGAGUUGCAGCGUUGCGAGGGGGACGACGUGCCAGGUCGUCCAAGUCUACCAGGCCGACUAGUUCACCAGUUGACCGCUCUAUGACGAUUUCACCACUCACUGAGAGUGACCUGAGUGCACCAUUUGUUCGGGUCCCCGAGUACGAUGAAUACCCCGAAUACCCUCCGUUCAUCUAG